AUGGAUGGUGAUAACAUGGUAUUAAAUCAAGAAAUAAGAUCGCGCCCACUUGUCAGGCAAACAUUCACACCAGAAGAGGACGCAAAACUUCAUCUUCUUGUGAUGAAAUAUGGUCAAAAUUGGAAACAAAUUUCUUCUGAAAUGGCAAAUCGGUCAGUGCGUCAAUGCCGAGAACGAUAUCAAAAUUACUUAGCUCCAGGUGUUUUAAAUGGACCUUGGACACCUCAAGAAGAUCAAAUUUUGUAUGAAAAAUAUCAAAUUUUUGGACGUAAGUGGACUAUUAUUGCAAAGUUUUUCAAAAAUAGAUCUGGAGCUAAUAUCAAAAACAGAUGGUCACACUUAGAAGACAAUUUUAAGCGACAAUCAAUUCCUAAAGUUAACUCAGAGCCUUCACCUCCGAGCCCUACAAUCCCUGCUCCUGAUAGCCCAGUAGCAGAAAAUCAUCAACAAACUCUUUUACCCCCAAUUAACGAAUUAUCUAAUAAAUCUACAGAAGGUGGAGGAAUUCAGCUGCUAAACCUUAAUCUUUUGUGGAAUAAUCGUCCACUAGAUCCUUUACUGAAUGAAGCUACGGCAGCCGAUCAACGAUCGAACAAUUCAAUGGAUAAAUUCAGAAACUUUAAGGGUUUUGCCGGAAAGAUAUGGUAA